AUGGCCGUUCCUGCCUGCUCUCAGUGUAAAAGAGCCGGCAAGGAAUGCGUGGGCUACCGGGACGAGCUCCCUCUGUUGUUCCGAGAUGAGAAUGCUCGCACCAUCAGACGAGCUACAGCUGGCAAGGCUCGAUCCAGAGCUCAAAGAAAGGAUGCAGAAUCCGAUUCUGCUUCUGCUGGUUUGCAGCUGAUGAGGUCGAAUAUUACGGCUAACUCAUUACCCUCGACCUUGCCAUCCCUUGAUAUGGACAAACUUGGGUUGCAAUUCUUCGUCCAUCACUUCUCCACUUACGCCUGGCUGGGCCGAUGCCCGCCUCAGAACCUUGCAUCGCCUUUCCUGCGUCGAAUCGGUGAAGAUGAGACGCUGAGAAGCGCGGUCGCUUCGGUCGGGUUAGCUGCCCUCUCGAAUAUUCGAAAGGAUGAGGCCAUCUUACGUGGAGCACGCCAGCGGUAUGGUCAAGCCAUCAGGGCAAUCCAGAACACACUGAGAUCUAAGAAGGCUUAUCAACUGGACGGUACCAUGAAGAUGAUCUUGAUGGUGGCUUUAUUUGAGAUUGUCGACGCCAGCCCGACGUCAAAGCUAUCAUGGAUUGUGCAUUUGCAAGGUGCAGCAGCCUUGCGAAAUCAGUCGCCACGAGAAUUCUUCAGCAAGAACCAUCGUGCUCAUAUCAUGUUCGCGUUUACUUUGAUUUUCAAGUACUUUCAGACCGGAGGACACUUUCCACCGGAAUUAGAAAGUUGGUCGGCGCCGGAUAUACCUGUCGAGGCCGACGACGACUUUCCUGCUGUUUCACUGAUCGAGAUCCUCCUCAGUUUCAUCCGUCUAUGUGCCAGUCUCUCUGAUCGCGAUGAUCAACAAAUAGGCAGCGCCUUGAUGGAGGCACUGGCCUGCGAAACGCAACUCGAGGUCUGGUCAACGAGCCUUCCCGCCAAAUACGGUUACAUGGAGAAAGUCUCAACAGAUGCCUCGCAAUACUUCCAUGGUCGCUUCCACAUCUAUGAGGACGUCUGGGCUUCGCGCAUUUUAGUAUACUAUCGCCUGGGCCGCCUCCUGGUGAAUGAGCUGAUAUUGCACCUCGUAUCCCGAUGUGAUACUUCAAUGGACCAAAUACAGCAGACGGUCCAUGUCCGCAAUACGAUCAUUCAGAUGGCCGUCGAUAUUUGCGUAGCCGCCGCGAGCCAGCCUCUGUUUGUGGAUUAUAUGAGCCUCAACAGAAGCCACGGAAUGCCUCCACUGAGUGGUGUCUUCAUGUUGAUGUACCCUCUUGCAGUGGCUGCAACUGCAAGUGGGGUGUCGGACGACCUCCAUCAAUGGGUGUUGCAUACCCUUGAUCAUAUUGGUCAGACCAUGGGUAUCCGUCAGGCUUUGUUGAUGAGGGCCGAGGUAGCACAGUGGCACAACCCGCAGGUCUUGUUGCCCAUCAUAGGUGUUGAGAAGUACCUGCAACACGUUCAGCCGACCGUGAUUGGCAGUACCUUCAAUAGCUGUUCUUCCAUUGACUGGCGCGGCAGCAGCAGCUACAUGCGAAGCACAUUCGAGGAGCUGUAG